GGUGUCACCCCUUCCACCCUGCGCAGCAAUCCCCCCACCCUGCCCCGGGGCACCCCGCCGUGCCACGCACCUGGGCAUCCUCGCGGCCACGCACCUGGGGUGACACCAGGGCAGGCACGUGCCCCGCACCCCCAGACCGGAGUGUCCCCCCRCCCAGGCAUCCUGGCACAUCCCCCGGGCCGGGAAGGGGAAGCGAAAGCAGCAGGGCCCAGCAGCCAGUGCCACGGGGCACCCCGAUGAAGCAGCACGCACUUGGCGGUCUGGGCCCUGCAGGAGCAGCAAUGGAGAAGGACUCUGAUUGCUGCCAGGAUGGGGCMAAGACGCUGCCGGGUGCUGGGCUGGGCACUGAGGGGAUGGAGGCACAGCUGGAUGAUUUUGUGGGUGCUCACCCUGACUACAAUGAGGAGGAGGAGGAGCAGAAGUACUUCCGCCGCAAGCGCCUUGGCGUCAUCAAGAACGUGGUGGCCACCAGCCUGGCCGGCACCCUCACUUACGGCGUCUACCUGGGCCUGCUGCAGAUGCAGCUGAUCCUUCACUAUGAUGAGACMUACCGGGAGGUGAAGUACAGCAACAUCCAGCUGGAGGACAUCGACCGCAAGGUGCUGAUGGGCAUCAAUGUCACACCCGUGGCGGCGCUGCUCUACACACCCGUCCUCAUCAGGUUCUUYGGCACCAAGUGGGCCAUGUUCCUGGCAGUGGGCAUCUACGCCCUCUUCGUCUCCAGCAACUACUGGGAGCGCUACUACACCCUGGUGCCCUCUGCAGUGGCCAUCGGGGUGGUCAUCGUGCCCCUCUGGGCUUCCAUGGGCACCUACAUCACACAGAUGGGCCAGAAGUACUACGAGUACGUUAACUACAAGGAGGAGCAGGAGAAGAAGAGGCAGCAGGUGCCACGGGAYGCCUGCAAYACCUACAUCAUCGUCUUCCAGACCRUCUUCUACUCCUGCUUCCAYUUGAGCUUCGUCUGCGCUCAGAUGCCCAUGGUCUUCUUCCUCAACAACUACCUCUACCAACUCAACCACACGCUCCACGCGGUGAAACACUGCGGGACCCUGAGCCACGGCACGCUGCCCGGCUUCAACAAUACRGUGCUGCAAAGCCUUCCCCGUAGCGUCAACCUCAUCAUUGUGGAGAGYGCGCUGAUGGCUGCCGCCUUCCUCKCCAUGCUGGUGGUGYUGGUGCUGUGCGGUGCGGCGUCCCGGCCCAUGGAGGAGAUCGACAUGCGCAGCAUCGGCUGGGGCAACAUCUUCCAGCUGCCCUUCAAGCACAUGCGGGACUAUCGCCUGCGGCACCUCUUCCCACUGUUCAUCUACAGCGGCUUCGAGGUGCUCUUUGUCUGCACUGGAUUCUCCCUGAACUACGGCGUGUGCGCCCUGGGGCUGGAGAAGUUGGCGUAUCUCCUCAUGGCCUAUGGCUUCUCCGCCUCGGCGUGCUCCAGCCUGGCCCUGUGCAUGCUGCGCCUGCGCCGGCACGUCCCGCUCCUGGCUGGAGCYUUCAUCCACGCCAUCCUCCUGGUGACGCUCUUCUGCUGGGCACCAGAGCCCCGGUACCUGGCRCAGGCGCCGCUGCUCUACGGCAUUGCCGCGCUCUGGGGCACGGGGAGCAGCCUCAAUAAGACCGGAAUCAGCAUCCUCCUGGGAAUGUUGUACAAGAAAAAGGAGCGCCAAGACUUCAUCUUCACCAUCUACCACUGGUGGCAGGCCUUGGCCAUCUUCACKGUCUACCUGUGGUCAGGGCUGCCCAUGAAGGCCAAGCUGUCCAUCAUGCUGCUGACCCUGGUGGUGGCAGUGGGGACGUACCUGUGGAUGGAGCGGAAGGUGGCGCAGCACGUGGAGGUCCGGCUGCCCCGCAUCCCGCGCCCGCGCCACAAAAUGCAUGGAUACCGCUACCUAGAGGACAGCUCGGAUGAGACCGGCUCCGAUGGCGAUGGGGACAAGGAGGACAAGGAGGACAAGGAGGACGAUGACAAGGGCUCGGCCGAGGCUGCCAGCAGGGAUGAGCUGCCAAAAGAAGAUGGGGAGCAGCUGGGUUAGGGGCAGCCCAGCCUGGGCCCCAUCCUGCUCUUGGCACCUSAGGGGAGUCCUGCACCACUCCCCCCCACCCCUGCCGAGUGGGCACAAAAUUCCAUAGAUCCCCUCAGGUCCGCUUUGCAUCCCCCCUAAGCUAAACCUGAAACCCCCAGCCCCCUACACUGACUGACAGAUGCCCAGAUUAGCCCAUAGAUGCUCCAGGUCAGGCCCACAACCUCCAGAUUGACCUACAGCCCCCAGGCAAACCCACUGCUCCCCAGGCCAGGCCCACUGUCCCCUAAAUUGGGGUCCAGUCCUCAAGGCAGGCCCWUAGCCCCCCAAAGUGUGAUGCAGUCCCACAGGUCAAACAUGCAGACCCCCAGCCCAGCCCCAGAGCCCCCCC